AUGGCAACAAUUGUAAAGUUACUGCUCGCGAUGGUUCUGCUACCGAUUGUACUCGAGCUGGGCGGUCCGUACGCAGCGGCGGAAAAGGUUUGGGUCGACCGGGACAAGGUGUACUGUGGCCAUAUCGAUUGUACGCGGGUCGCCACGUUCAAGGGUGAACGGUUCUGCAGCCCUUGCGAUACGCGACACUUCUGCGAGUGCAAGGAAACGUUAGAGCCGCUGCCGUACAUGUACGAAUGCCCCGGUUCGGAACCGUGCCAGACGAGCGAUCGGCGCGGUUCAUGCAAGAAAACGAUGCGCGACGAACUGUGCAGCCUCAUCGACAAAGCCUUCCUGGAGCAGUGA